AUGGAGGUAGAACGCCGGUCUGGGGAAACGGGUGACAUGUGCGCUCAGGAUGCCUCGGUACAGGCCCAGCAUUCCUGCACGUCAGCUGUCAGCCGUUGUGGCUGUCGUUCACGGGCCGUCACGAACCGCCGCCUUGGACGCAAUCCUGCGUCCUCUUUAAGUCCGCACGUCGCUUUUAAUCAGCUUCUGACGCUGACGCUGACGGGUGAAUCCGUUCUUGCGUCGCUGACGCUGACGGAUGAAUCAGUUCUUGCGUCGCUGACGCUGACGGAUGAAUCAGUUCUUGCGUCGCUGACGCUGACGGAUGAAUCAGUUCUUGCGUCGCUGACGCUGACGGAUGAAUCAGUUCUUGCGUCCCUGACGCUGACGGAUGAAUCAGUUCUUGCGUCGCUGACGCUGACGGAUGAAUCAGUUCUUGCGUCGCUGACGCUGACGGAUGAAUCAGUUCUUGCGUCGCUGACGCUGACGGAUGAAUCAGUUCUUGCGUCGCUGACGCUGACGGAUGAAUCAGUUCUUGCGUCGCUGACGCUGACGGAUGAGUCCGUUCUUGUUUUGCUGACGGUAGAGGAGGUUCACUAAUGAAUGUACAGCAGCA